UUAGACGUCUGAAAUGAUGGAUGCUGACUUCCAGCUCCUCUCCUAGAACUGUUACAGGUCCAGGUCGAUUAAAGGAGUUCUGCUGGAUCAGAACAACGGUCCAGCUGUUAUUGUUAUUAUAGUGUGUUUGGUUUCAGUGAACAGUGAAUCUGGCCUUUACAUGUGUUUAGUGCUGAUCGUGUUAAUACUCUCACAGUAGUGAGUACGGAUCCACCCGGCCACAAACAGCAGAGAGAGAAACAUCUAAACUAAAGAGUGAAACACAUCCGCUGUCCGUUCUGCUCCAGAGGAUCUCAGUCACUCAUUUACACCUGGAGCUGCAUGUAGGUAAUCACCUGGUACAAAGUCACACGUCUUACUGUUAGUAUAUAAACAAAUACAGAAAUGUGUAAAUAAUGUUUCAGAUUAUUUUCUAUUCACUUUGUUUUCUUUUGUUUGACUUGCUCAAAGCUUUGGUUCACAAACUCUUUAGUUUAGUGUGAGUCGCUUCUUUAUUUCUCUUCUGUGGGACACAAAGGUUGCGUGGGCUGAUUCUUAAGGUUUGAGGAGCUUUAAGUUUGAUUUAACUUUUAUAUUUGUUUUUUACUUUAAGCCUUUCUCUCACCUUCUGCUGCGAUGCUAAGUUAUAUCUUACAGGUCAUCCGAGGUUACAGAACGCAUGAAGAGUCUACAGGUAUGUCCCGGCUCCCUCGGUCCAGCAUAUCAGAGUGUAAUCUGAGCCAGACUAUCACUAACAGAUAAAGUAUUAUUCCUCUCUUCGUUGUCUCCAGUUCUUCCUCUUUCAUUUGUAAACACUGAGUUUGUGUUUGAGUACAGAAAUCAUUUUAUAUCCUUGGGGUUAGAGCUGAACCCCCAGAGUAGCUCAGAGAUUAAACCGUGCUUUAGGAUCUUCUACAGGUUUUGCAUAUUGUAGUUUUUAAGCGAUUACGUGCAGCCACGUUGACCAGCGUGUCUCCGGGUGCCUUGCUGAAGGGAACAUGGCUCUCGUGGUUUUGGGGGGGGAGAGUGUUGCAGGAGAUAAGAGUGGAGUGUGGGUGGAGCUGUUAGGAGAUGGUUGCAUGUUGCAGCUGUCUAAUGCCCUUCAGCCUGAAGCUGUGAUGCAUCAGGAGCAGCGACGAUGACAUCAUCGUGUUUGCCUUGCCCUCUGGGUGCCAUGGCAACGUGGUAGACGUGCCGGCUGGGGGGGGGGGAAGUCUCUGGGAGGAGAGCGGCAGGUUAUCAUGCAGAUGCAGCUUCCUGCUUCAGCUCCCCCCCUCCCUCUCUCUCUCUCUUCUGCUGCUAUAGGAGAAGCCCCCUCCUCUUGUCAUCCACCCCUCCUUCCUCUCCUUCGUGUCCCCAGCUCAGCCAAUCAGAUCUCUCGGUGGGGGGAGGGCAUAGCAGAACCACCAUUCCUGUUCGGAGCUGCUGCAUCUCCCCAGAGCUAACCGGGAGCUAGCAGCUGAGAGGGAGGAGACACGGCCAAACCCAGCCUCUGUGUGUGUUUGUGUUUAAGUGUGUGUGAGUGUGUGUGUGUGUGUGUGAGGCUAGAAGUGUGUGUGUCGCAGACUAGCAGCCACACUGCUAUACUCUUGUUUCACCAGACUUUAACUCUUUUAACCUUGCCUUGCACCGAGGCUCAGCUCUGCACCGCUUCCUCGUCCACUUCAGGUCACAGAUCAGCGAGGGGGGGGCAGGAGAGAGACCGCACGGCAGCCUUGCUCCUUUACUCCCCACCAGCUCGCAGUCGGUGACAGCUCCUGGCGGACGUGCAGGCAGGAUGAUAGCGGCGCAGCUUCUGGCCUACUACUUCACCGAGCUGAAGGAUGAUCAACUCAAAAAGAUCGAUAAGUACCUGUACUCCAUGCGUUUCUCGGAUGAGACGGUGAAGGACAUCAUGCACCGUUUCCGCAGGGAAAUGGAGAACGGGCUCGGCCGGGACACCAGCCCCACCGCCACCGUCAAGAUGCUGCCCACCUUCGUCAGGUCCAUCCCUGACGGAUCAGAAAAGGGGGACUUCAUUGCUCUGGACCUCGGGGGGUCGAACUUUCGGAUCCUGCGGGUCAAAGUGACGCAGGACAAAAAGCAGCCGGUUCAAAUGGAGAGCCAGGUCUACGAGACCCCUGAUGACAUCAUCCACGGCAGCGGGUCACGGCUCUUCGGCCAUGUUGCAGAUUGCCUCGGCGAUUUCAUGGAGAAGCAGAAAAUCAAGGAUAAAAAGCUUCCUGUAGGAUUCACGUUCUCGUUCCCGUGUGCCCAAACCAAACUAGACGAGGCGGUCUUACUGACGUGGACCAAGAAGUUUAAAGCCAGCGGUGUCGAAGGCAUGGACGUUGUGAGUCUUCUGAACAAGGCCAUCGAGAAACGAGGAGACUAUGAAGCGGACAUCAUGGCGGUUGUGAAUGACACAGUUGGCACCAUGAUGACUUGUGGAUUUGACGACCAGCGCUGUGAAGUGGGCAUCAUCAUAGGAACGGGAACAAACGCCUGCUACAUGGAGGAAUUGCGUCACAUUGACCUGGUGGAAGGAGACGAAGGCCGGAUGUGUAUCAACACCGAGUGGGGGGCCUUCGGGGAUGACGGGUCCAUAGAGGACAUCCGCACAGAGUUUGACCGUGAGAUCGACAGAGGCUCCAUCAACCCAGGAAAGCAGCUGUUUGAAAAGAUGGCCAGUGGGAUGUACAUGGGGGAGCUGGUCCGACUCAUCCUGGUCAAGAUGGCCAAAGAGGGACUGCUGUUUGAGGGAAGGAUAACCCCCGAGCUCCUGACCAAAGGAAAGAUUGAGACGAAACAUGUUUCUGCAAUUGAAAAGACUAAAGAAGGGCUGAAGAAAUGCAUGGAGAUCCUGACGAGGCUCGGGGUGGAGCCUUCUGAUGAAGACUGUCUGGCCGUGCAGCACGUGUGCACCAUCGUAUCCUUCCGCUCGGCAAAUCUAAUUGCUGCAACGCUGGGAGGCAUCCUCUCUCGCCUCAAGGAAAACAAAGGCGUCGCACGCCUACGCACCACAGUGGGCAUCGACGGGUCUCUCUACAAGAUGCACCCUCAAUACGCCCGCCGUCUGCACAAGACAGUGCGUCGCUUGGUACCAGACUCAGAUGUCCGCUUCCUGCUGUCUGAGAGUGGGAGUGCGAAAGGCGCUGCCAUGGUGACAGCAGUGGCGUACCGUUUGACGGAGCAGGCUCGCCAGAUUCAGCAGACGAUGGCAGAGUUCCGGCUGAGCAAAGCGCAGCUGUUAGAAGUGAAGAAACGCAUGAGGGUGGAGAUCGAAAGAGGCCUCAAGAAGAGCAGCCACGAGGAAGCUACGGUCAAGAUGUUGCCGACUUUUGUCCGAAGAACACCUGAUGGAACAGAAAACGGAGAUUUCCUCGCUCUGGACCUCGGAGGGACAAACUUCCGCGUGCUUCUGGUAAAGAUUCGCAGCGGGAAGAAGCGAUCGGUGGAGAUGCAUAACAAAAUCUACGCCAUUCCCAUAGAAGUCAUGCAGGGCACAGGAGAAGAGCUCUUUGACCACAUCGUGCACUGCAUCUCAGAUUUCCUGGACUACAUGGGAAUGAAAAGUGCUCGCCUGCCGCUGGGUUUCACCUUCUCCUUCCCCUGCCAUCAGACCAGCUUGGACGCGGGUAUUCUCGUAACCUGGACCAAAGGCUUCAAGGCCACAGACUGUGAGGGUGAAGAUGUGGUGGAGCUUCUCCGGGACGCGAUCAAGAGGAAAGAGAUGGAGAAUCCAGAGUUUGAGCUGGAUGUGGUCGCCAUAGUGAAUGACACAGUGGGGACGAUGAUGACUUGUGCGUACGAGGAGCCCAACUGUGAGGUGGGGCUGAUCGCAGGGACCGGCAGUAACGCCUGCUACAUGGAAGAGGCGAAGAACAUCGAGUUAGUGGAGGGAAGCGAGGGCCGCAUGUGCGUCAACAUGGAGUGGGGGGCAUUUGGAGACAACGGCUGCCUGGAUGAUAUCAGGACGAAGUACGACCAGGCGGUGGACGAGAACUCGCUCAACGAAGGCAAACAAAGAUAUGAGAAGAUGUGCAGCGGGAUGUACCUUGGAGAAAUCGUCCGGCAGAUUUUGAUCGAUCUGACCAGGCGUGGAUUCCUCUUCCGGGGACAAAUCUCCGAGACGUUGAAGACCAGAGGCAUCUUUGAGACAAAGUUCCUGUCACAGAUAGAGAGCGAUCGUCUGGCGCUGCUGCAGGUCAGGGCGAUCCUGCAGCAGCUGGGGCUCGACAGCACCUGUGAUGACAGUAUUAUCGUCAAGGAGGUGUGUGGCACGGUGUCCCGCCGCGCGGCUCAGAUCUGCGGAGCCGGGAUGGCUGCGGUGGUGGACAAGAUCCGUGAGAACAGAGGAAUGGACCACCUUGACAUUACCGUGGGCGUGGACGGCACGCUCUACAAGCUGCACCCACACUUCUCUCUGAUCUUCCAUCAGACGGUGAAGGAACUCGCCCCAAAAUGUGAUGUCAACUUCCUGCUAUCUGAGGACGGCAGUGGUAAGGGGGCCGCCCUCAUCACUGCCGUGGGCUGCCGCCAGAGAGAGCUGGACGCACAGCAGCACUGAGGAACUCUUCCCCGUUUGCCCGAGAGAACUACCUGCUGCUCCGCCGUGAACUUCACCCAACUCCCAUCUUCCCUUGGCAGCCGUGACUCCACCUCUGCCCCACCCCUCCCCCCAGCCAGAGUCAUGCUGCAUGAAUAGGAAAUUCAAUAUCCAAGUAUUUAUUCAUACUGCACCAGAGGGUUUAUUAUUUCCAUGUUUGUACAUUUUCCUCAAUAGCUUGUCAGUAAACUGAUAAAUCUAAAAUACUUAGGCGUGCAAUAUUUGUGUGUAUUUUUAUAUGGAGGCAAAUAUAUAAUUGUAUUUAUAUAGCUGAGGCCACUUUGAAUCCCAGAGGCCAUAAGGAUUUUGCACCAUAGACACAAGAAAAUGUCAGCACUUUUUCUAUGAGAGUUACAACGAGCAGCAUUUCAUUGUAACUUCCAGACGAAGGCUGCGCUUCUCACCGAACGAUAGUACAAACUACUCCCGGUUUCCCAAAGGGCUCGCUGCAAAGGGUUGAACGCACGAGUCACGGCUGUUCAAAUCAUCCUCAUUUAUGUGCAACACCCACACACAGUGUGCUUGGCUAUUGACCACUUUUUGUGUAACUGUCAACGUAUCUCACAUAUUGAAGUGUUCCAACAGCACCAUACCAUUUAUUCCUCCAGAGCUGGGGGGGGUAGAAAAGACCGAAGUGGAAAUGUUACCGUGUCCUGUUGCUAUUUGUGAACUACUAUACUUUUGGUGUUGUGAUGAAUCCCACUUAUACUCAUUGUAUGUGCAAAGAAUAAAUGUUUAUUGGGCCCCAAGAAAAGAGUGGAUACUAUGAGCGCUUGUGUGAGUCUUUGUAGUGUCCGUGUGUCCGUGUGUCCGUGUGUCCGUGUGUAACGACCUGUAGCUUUCAAUGUCCAACGCUCUGUGGAGACUGCAUGCCUUACAUUAAGACAAAGGACAGUGCUGGAUUAUUCUCUGUUUUCUUUUUUUACAUCAAUAUAGAUUUGUGUUCGACGCAGUGAAAAGUGAAUUCAUUAAAUUAUAUUUUGUUGUGGAGUAAA